AUGCAGUCAAUGUGCUCCAUGGCGUUAUUGUGUUGGAUGGCAGUUACUAACCCAGGUCGAGGAGGCCCACUGCAGUUCGAGAGUGCUUUUGUUCUAGAAAUUAUGCGGCGAAUGAUUGUGAAGUGUCUAGAGCACGGUGAGCGAACUGCAAACCCAGGAAUCGUAUGUUACGCUAGUCGUCUGGAUCUGAUUGGGUUUCUCUUGAACAUCUUCGAUAAUUCUAAUGCUAUCGGUAAAGUAAAGGAGCCACACGUCGUGCGCGCCGAAGCAAUCAAGAUUUUAAACUUACUCGAAAAGGUGCAAAGUGUAUUGCUGGACAUGCUUAUUGAAUAA